AUGGGGAAGAAACGAAAUAUCACCAUUCCCUUCGCCAUCACCAUUUCCAUCUGCUGUCUGGUGGCCUUUGCGGAUGCCUUGCCCAUGGAUGUGCCACGCUAUAAUCAACUGGGACACAAACCGGCACAACAGACCAACUCCAGUGGCUACAACAACAGUUUGGUGCCUACAACAGAUCGACUGGGAGUGACAGCAACCACGCCCACGCCGCAGUUUGAAUAUGCAUUGCUGGGCCAAGAUCCCGAGGAUCAGCAUUGGUAUCGCGUCAGUCUAACCCCCACAAGCAACAAAUCAGGAUACCGAGCUCAAUUUUCCACUAGGAAGUCACCGCCCUUUGAUGCGCAGCUGGCCCACAAGCAUGACAAGACCAUUCAGGAUCUGCUCAAUUUCUUGGACAAAUCCGAGGAGCACAAUCUACUAAAGGUCUAUGGACAGCUUCUGGCACGCGACGAUCAGGAAUCCAAGAGCAAGCGCAAUGUGGACAAUGAAUUAGAUGUUGACAACCAAUUGGAGAUCAAUAAUCUAUUAAAAAGUAAUGGCAAUCGCCCACUGCUUUUGGUGGGAGAACUGCCAGAUAGUGACGCGGCUUCUACUAGCCAAAAUGGCACUGAUGUCUCUAUGGUCAAGGACUUAGUUUACUUCAUAAAGGGCUUGAAAUGAAGUGCUUAGUCAAAUAUGAAUUAUAUCGAAUAUCAUUAUUGUUACUACUUUUA